UUGUCUUUUGUUAUUGUUCGUGUUCGUCUUCUCUUAUCAGUUUGUUUUGUUUUGUGCUUUAGUUAGUAAAAAUUACUUAAAUUUAGCACAUCUUAUGUUGUUCUUUUACACGGCACUAUCAUCCACAUAAAAUUUAGCAUGCCGCCAACGGAGACCCUACGCGCUGGCAGUGGCAGCGGCAGCGGCAGCAAUGACCGAAAUGUCACGGGCUCCGAACAGACGCAUAUAAUCAGACAAAGCAACAAAUGCUACGAACAUCGCGAUUCCCAGGCAACGGCCAUGUCGGUGGACUACUCAGGUCAAUGGGUGCUGCUAGCUGGACGCGGUCAUUUAGCAUUACAGCGUCUUGGUCAAGACGAUGGCACACUGCGUCGCCACGAACGCCAAUCCAAAUAUGAUAUAUCUGUGGCAGAAUUUGCCAUAUGUCCCAGCCGACGUGAAUACUGUGCCAUCGCGACCAGUCAAAAUAUUGACAUCGUUCGCUGGGGUCCCGCCGAACCGCACUAUGAGAAUUCCCUGCGUGGACACACUCGCACAGUCACGGAUAUCGAUUGGCAUAGCAAGAAUUCCAACUUACUAGUUAGCUGUUCAAUAGACACGUUCUCCCACAUAUGGGAUUUACGUGAUCCACGCAAACCAGCCUUAUCCUUGAAUGCUGUCUGCAUGUCGGGUGCUACCCAGGUGGGCUUCAAUCGGGUCUCUGGCAAUCUGCUGGCUGCUGCCCAUGAUGGAGAUCUUCGCAUUUGGGACAUACGCAAAGGCAGCUGUCCAACGCACUAUAUAACAGCACACUUAAAUCGAGUGCAUGGCAUCAAUUGGAGUCACAGGCGAGAGACGUGCUUAGCCACAGCUAGCCAGGAUGGCACCGUUAAAUAUUUUGAUGUCUGCAAUCCCAGGCGAGCGGAAAAGAUAAUAACAACGUUAUCGCCCGUUUGGCGUGCCAGAUAUACACCUAUUGGAAACGGCUUGGUUAGCAUCGUGGUGCCGCAUAUGGGCCGUGGAGAGAAUAGUCUUUUGCUCUGGAGCAACAGCAAGCAAACGGAUCCAAUUUGCUCAUUUGUGGGGCACACAGACGUGAUACUCGACUUUGCCUGGCGACCCAAUCGCGAGAACUUUACAGAAAUUGAAUUGGUCACCUGGUCGCGGGAUCGUACGCUGCGCGUUUGGAAGAUCGAUGAUAAUAUGCUGAAGCUAUGCGAGCCUUCGCCCGACGAAGAUGAGGAGGUGGAGCGUGCCUCGCCGCGCUAUGAGAACGAGUUAAAUGAAUUGUCAACAGAGUUUAUGAUGCGUCCAAUGGCAGCUGCUGCCUCGCUACCCAUAACCACAGCCACCCUUCAAGUGGGAGCAAAUACGUUGCCAAUGGCUCGUUCACCCAGUUUCGGCGGUGUCUAUACGAGAAGGGAAGAGACGCAUAUUGCACGCUCGCUAACUGAUCAGCCAACCUGCUCGCUGCAGCAUGAAUUCUCAUUGUUGAAUACGAAUAUGCCCCAUGUAGAUGUGGAUAUGCUGUGCGCGAUAAAGCGUUAUGCUUGCUUCAAAAUCUGCGCCGCUGAUCAUACGAUCAUCUUGCAGGUAACCUUUCCCACUGCCUACCCGAGUCCGAAUGUGCCGCCCGAGUUUCAACUGUGCCAAGGCACAACGCUCUCCAGCGAGCUAAGCAACAUCUUACUCAAGGUGCUACGCAGCAAUGCGUUGCAGCGUGUCAAGAAAUCGCGCAGCUGUUUGGAGCAAUGUUUACGUGCUCUCGUGGCCGCCAUGAAAAAACGUGUCACAAAUGUUUCGGGUAUUGGGGCAGAUCGUAGUCAACUGUUGCUGCAAUCGCCUAGAUUAGAGGGCGCCUUGUUGAGUGCUUUACAUGAUGCGUGCAUCCCUUUUCCGCGCACUUCGGGCGUUCAUUUCAAUGCCAUUGGCAUGCUGACCACCUUUGCCCAGGUGUUGAAUACCAAACGUUUGACUUUGCGUCAGCAGACGCAAUCGCUUACGCCGCGCACCUUGAGCGUCAUCAAUGGCAGCGGAUUGCUGGGCAAUGUGAUGACCACCACGACCAAUCAACGUGAUCCGAACGCAUCGUACUACCUUCAGGAGCGGAUGAUCGCCUGCAAACGUUUGCAGGGCAAGCAACGCGUGAUGCGCCAAAUUAAUGGCACCUCACCGGUUGUCCAUGUCUACGAUGCGAGCCAGCUGCUGCAUAUAAAUCGCGAAAUGGCACGCGAUUUUAUGCUGGACAAGCAAAACAUAGCUGCAACGUGUCGGUUCAACGGCGAAAUAUGUCGUGCAAAUGGACGAUUAGAUUUGCUGCCUAUAUGGCUGCUAGCGGAGUUGAUAGCAACGCCGCACUCGCCGCACGAAUCGAUGAGCUGCGAGCUGCUCUUCUAUAAGGAUCCGUUUAAGAAAUCUCUGCUGGAAUCACUGAUCAUGCACUAUGCCACCGCUGGUGAUGUACAAAUCGCAGUGCUCCUCGCCUGCCUCUUCGACAAGUGUCCCGCUGCUCUCAUGGGCGUUAUGGAUGUGGCCGGUUGCCGGUUGCCCACACAGCUACAUUCGCAACGUUCACCUUAUCAUACGGUGCUGCCCCGUUCAUCAAGCAGCAAUUGGCAGCAGUUAAAGCAGUUGCGCAGCAACUCCUGGUCGGAUUCGUUGGAUUGGCUGGACUUUAAGCUUGGCCAGACAGAUGCCUACGCAUGUUCUCUAAUUCGACGCACUAAGAUGCCGCUCUUCGAUCAAUUUAAGCGCGCCUAUGCGGAUGUGCUCUUCGGCUGGCAAUUGCUCUCCAAGCGUGCGCUAAUCCUCAAGCAUACGCUACAUACACCAUCGCCCACACAGGGCGUUGAGUUUGUCACCGAAUGCAGCGGCUGCAACAAGCCCAAACGCACGCCUAAAUGUGAGCCCUGCAAACGACCCGUUUUGUUUUGCAUACUCUGCUGUUUGCCUGUGCGAGGAGCAGCCAAUGCUUGCCUCUCUUGUGGCCAUGGCGGUCACAUGCAGCACAUGACGCAGUGGUUUGAGCGCCACAUCGUUUGUGCUACGGGCUGUGGCUGCAACUGUUUGCAACGCACCUCCGAGCUGCUUGCCCUAAUUAGCUGAUCAUCGAAGACGAUCUCGCUGCUCCCAAUUGGAAUAGCUAUACAUUUACUCCCAAUCGAAGUAACUUUCUAGCUUAUUUACGACUUGACGCUGUGCAAAUCAAAAUAUACAUAAAUAAUUGUUUUUGUUAUAGUUAUAAAGGUUUUUUGUUUAGUCUCCAAGACAUUUUGUAACAUUUGCAUAGAUGAUCUUAAGAAAUAUAUAUUAAGUCUAUAUACUCUUACUAAAUUCUAUAAUAGGAACCCAUUUAUAAUUCCAAAAAAAUCGACAGAUUUAAAAAUCGAAAGCAUCACAAGAUCGACACAAAAAUCCAUAAAGAUACCCAUAUAUUUCUUAAAAA